AUGGGUAACACACCCAGCAAUCCCAUCGCCUCCUGCCUCAACGCCGUCUGCGCUGGCCGUGCCGACUGUGUCGCCUACAGCGGCGCCGUCCUCUACCAGGCCAACUGGGUCAAGCCCUACAACCUCGCCGUCCCCGUCACCCCGGCCGCCGUUAUCCGGCCCACGACGACCGAGGACGUGGCCGCUGCCGUCAAGUGCGCCGUCGCUCACGGCUACCACGUUCAGGCCAAGUCGGGCGGCCACUCCUACGCCAACUUCGGCCUCGGCGGCGGCGAUGGCGGCCUCAUGAUUGACCUCCAGCAUCUCACGCACUUUUCCAUGGAUGAGACCACCUGGCAGGCCACGUUUGGCUCCGGCUUCCUCCUUGGCGAGCUCGACAAACACCUCCACGCCAACGGCAACCGCGCCAUGGCCCACGGCACAUGUCCCGGCGUCGGCAUCGGUGGCCACGCGACCAUUGGUGGCAUCGGCCCCUCCUCCCGCAUCUGGGGCACCGCCCUCGACCACGUCAUCGAGGUCCAGGUCGUCACCGCCGACGGCGCCAUCCAGCGCGCCUCCAAGACAAAGAACCCCGACCUCUUUUGGGGCCUCCAGGGCGCCGGCGCCAGCUUCGGCAUCAUCACCGAGUUCGUCGUGCGCACCGAAGCGGCCCCCGGCAGCGUCGUCGAGUACACGUACAGCGUGAGCUUUGGCAAGCAGGCCGACAUGGCGCCCGUGUACAAAAAGUGGCAGGACCUCGUCGGAAACCCCGAUCUCGACCGCCGCUUCACUUCGCUCUUCAUCGUCCAGCCGCUCGGCGUGCUCAUCACCGGCACCUUUUACGGCACCCUCGACGAGUACAAGGCCAGCGGCAUCCCCGACAAGCUGCCCGCCGGACCCGUCCACGUCACCGUAAUGGACUGGCUCGGCAGCCUCGCCCACAUAGCCGAGAAGACGGGCUUGUUCCUUUCCAACGUCGCCAGCAAGUUUGUCAGCCGUUCGCUCGCGCUGCGCCCACAGGAUCUCCUCAGCGAACAGUCUAUCGACGAACUCUUCCGCUACAUGGGCCAGGCCGACGCCGACACGCCGCUCUGGUUUGUCAUAUUCGACAACGAGGGCGGUGCGAUUUCCGACGUGCCCGACAACGCGACCGCCUACCCCCACCGCGACAAGGUUAUCAUGUACCAGUCCUACUCGGUCGGCCUGCUCGGCGUCUCGGACAAGAUGGUCCAGUUUGUCGACGGCGUGCAGGCACGCGUGCAAAAGGGCGCGCCGAAUGCCCACACCACCUAUGCCGGCUACAUCAACGCCAACCUCGACCGCACCGCCGCCCAGCAGUUUUACUGGGGCGACAAGCUGCCCAAGCUGCGCGAGCUCAAGAAGCGAUUCGAUCCGACGAGCGUGUUUCGCAACCCGCAAAGCAUCGAUCCGGCUGAGUGA